AUACAAUCCACAUUCAGCCCAAAUUUUUUCUCUGUUCCCAACUUUCCAUUACUUCACCGCCGCUCUUACUUCCAUUCUGUUCUCGGUUCCUGUUGAUUUUUGCAUUUUUGUGAUUUGAAGAGGGUGCUCUGUUUGUACGAACCGACUUUAAUUCUUGGAAGAGAAAACCCUAAUUUGAAAUGGGUAGGAAGAAGCCGACAGCACGGGACGAAGAGAACCCAUCGCAGCAGGGCGGUGGGAAAUCGAAGAAGAAGGGGGCCGUAAUCGACGACGACGAGUACUCUAUCGGAACCGAGCUUUCGGAGGAGCCGCCACCACUGGCGCCGGAAGAGAAGGGGAAGAAGAAAGGUAAAAAGGGUAAUGCUAAAUCUGCUGAAAAUGAUGAUAAUGUUGUUGAUGAUGAUGAAGAUGUGCCAGAAGCUGACUUUGCUGGGAAGAAGAAGGGGAAAUCAAAAAAGGGUGGUGGGAGUAAUAUAUUCGCUGGUUCCGGCUUUGGUUUGCUUGGUGAUGAUGAGGAUGGUGAUGAUGAUGAUGAUGAAGUAGCCAGUGAGCGAGAUGGUGAGGAGGAGGAUGAACCUGUGGAUAGUUUUUCGGGUAAGAAGAAGCCCUCCAAGGGUUCGAAGAAAGCCAGUGGUAGUUUGUUGAAUGCACCCGAUAUUGAUGAGAAUGAUGAUGUUGAUGAACCCGAUAUUUCUUUUCACGGGAAGAAAAAGUCUUCGAAAAGAAGCAAGAAGGGUGGUGCUUUAUUUUCAGGUGCUAGUUCUGGUGAGAUUGAUGAUGGAGAGGAGACCAAGAAUGAAAAGGAAGAUGAAGAUGAUGAAGACAUGGGAUCCAGCACUUUCUCAGGUAAGAAAAAGAAGUCAUCGAAGUCUUCAAAAAAGGCUAUUAAUACACCUAGUACAACUUUGGCUGAUGAGGAUGAUGUUUCGGUAACUGAGUCUGCUAGAGGUGGUGAUGACAAGAAUGAGGAUGAUGAUUCUUUAUUUGCAUUUUCUGGUAAAAAGAAGUCUUCUAAAAAGAAAAGCAGUAGUAAUACUGCCAAAGUGAGUGAUGAAAUUGGGCUUGGAAAUGAAAGUGUAGAAGUUGUUGAGCCUGAGCAACCUAGUGUUGGUAUUAGUAAUACUGUUGCUGACAAAGUCAAUGUAAAUAAGAGUGAAGAGGUCACUGAAACUUCCAAAAAUAAGAAAAAGAAUAAGAAGAAGAGUGGAAGAACUGCUCAAGAGGAGGAAGAUUUAGACAAGAUUCUUGCAGAGCUUGGUGAGGCACCUCCUAUGGCAAAACCUGCUGCUCCUCCACUGCAGGAUGAUAAAGUUCAGCCUACUCCUGAAGUAGGUUCUGCUGCUGAUGCUUCAGGAGAAAAGGAGGGGGAAGAGGAGAGUGUAGAGUCAGCUGCUGCAAAGAAGAAGAAAAAGAAAAAGGAAAAGGAAAAGGAGAAGAAGGCGGCGGCGGCUGCAGCAGCCACCGGAAGUGUACCAGAAAAUGAAACAGAAGAAAUUAAAACUGAGACAAUUGAAUCAAAGAAGAAUGAGUCGAAGACUAAAGCAGCUGACAAGAAAGUGCCAAAGCAUGUUAGGGAGAUGCAGGAGGCACUGGCUCGAAGAAAAGAGGCUGAAGAAAGGAAGAAAAAAGAAGAGGAGGAGAGAUUAAGGAAGGAAGAAGAGGAACGGCGUAGGCAAGAGGAACUUGAGAGACAGGCUGAAGAGGCUAGACGCAGAAAGAAGGAAAGAGAAAAGGAGAAACUCCAGAAAAAGAAGCAAGAAGGUAAACUGUUAACUGGUAAGCAAAAAGAAGAAGCUCGUCGUUUGGAGGCAAUGAGGAGGCAGAUUCUCAAUAGCACAGGCGGCGUGACUCUUCCUGGGGAUUCCAAUGCUCCAGCCAAAAAGCCCAUAUAUCAGACAAAGAAGCCAAAACCAACCCAUCGUAAUCAGAAUGGUGCUGCUGCUGUUCAGACAACUGAAAGUGUAGAAGCAAAGGAGGCUACCACUGAUGUGGUUCCAGAGGAACCAGAAAAGGUUGAAGAAGUGGAGUCAGUGCAGGUGGAGGACAAAGUUGAACCUCCGGAAGUAGUUGAAGAGGAUGGAGUGGAAGAAGAUGAUGUAGAGGAUGAAUGGGAUGCAAAAAGCUGGGAUGAUGUUAAUCUGAAUGCCAAAGGUGCAUUUGCAGAUGAAGAGGCUGACUCAGAGCCUGAACCAAUUGUCAGAAAGGAGAUUAAAAAUGCUGUAGCUAGUCACAAUGCUGGUGCUACUAAUAAAACUGUUUCUAAGCCUGUGGCUGAAGAUAUUGAAGAUAGAUCACAGUCUAAUGUAGACAAAAAUAGAAAGCAUAAUCCAGACUCGAAAAAGGGACUGCCAAAGUCUUCUGUGCCUUCUAAGCCAAAUGAUGAGAACCUCCGCUCCCCAAUCUGCUGUAUCAUGGGGCACGUGGACACCGGAAAAACCAAGCUGCUGGAUUGUAUUCGGGGUACUAAUGUUCAGGAGGGUGAGGCUGGUGGUAUCACACAACAGAUUGGUGCAACAUACUUUCCUGCUGAGAACAUUCGUGAUAGAACAAAGGAACUUAAAGCUGAUGCAAAGCUGAAAGUUCCUGGUCUACUGGUUAUUGAUACCCCUGGGCACGAAUCAUUUACUAACUUAAGGUCUCGGGGUUCAGGUCUAUGUGAUAUCGCAAUUUUGGUUGUUGACAUUAUGCAUGGCUUAGAGCCACAAACAAUAGAAUCACUCAAUCUAUUAAAAAUGAGGAAUACAGAAUUCAUUGUUGCCUUGAAUAAGGUUGACAGGCUUUAUGGGUGGAAAACAUGCCGCAACUCUCCAAUUGUUAAAGCAAUGAAGCAGCAGUCAAAGGAUGUGCAGAAUGAGUUUAAUAUGAGGCUCACUCAGAUUAUUACUCAAUUCAAGGAACAAGGGCUAAAUACUGAGUUGUAUUAUAAAAAUAAAGAAAUGGGAGAAACGUUCAGCAUUGUGCCUACGAGUGCAAUAAGUGGUGAAGGAAUCCCAGAUAUGUUAUUACUAUUGGUUCAGUGGACCCAAAAAACAAUGGUUGAGAAACUUACAUACAGUGAAGAAGUGCAGUGUACUGUUUUGGAGGUCAAAGUUAUUGAAGGCCAUGGAACUACUAUUGAUGUUGUUUUAGUUAAUGGUGUUCUUCAUGAAGGAGAUCAAAUAGUUGUCUGUGGAAUGCAGGGGCCAAUUGUUACCACAAUUCGAGCUUUAUUGACACCUCAUCCAAUGAAAGAGCUCCGUGUUAAGGGAACUUAUAUCCAUCACAAACAAAUCAAAGCUGCAAUGGGUAUAAAGAUUACUGCCCAGGGGCUUGAACAUGCUAUAGCUGGCACUGGUUUAUAUGUGGUGAACCCUGAUGAUGAUUUGGAAGAUGUUAAAGAAGCAACAAUGGAAGAUAUGCGGUCAGUCAUGAGCAGGAUUGACAGGAGCGGAGAGGGUGUUUGUGUACAGGCAUCUACCCUUGGCUCCUUGGAGGCAUUACUGGAAUUUUUGAAAACUCCUGAAGUGAAUAUUCCUGUUAGUGGUAUAAGCAUAGGCCCUGUACAUAAAAAGGAUGUAAUGAAGGCCAGUGUAAUGCUUGAAAAGACACGAGAGUAUGCUACUAUAUUGGCAUUUGAUGUCAAAGUCACUCCUGAGGCUAGAGAACUUGCAGAUGAAUUGGGUGUGAAAAUUUUCAUCGCUGAUAUCAUUUAUCAUCUGUUUGAUCAAUUUAAGGCUUAUAUUGACAACAUUAAGGAGGAGAAAAAGAGAGAAGCUGCUGAUGAGGCAGUCUUCCCAUGUGUUCUGAAAAUCUUACCGAAUUGCAUUUUCAACAAGAAGGAUCCAAUUGUUUUGGGAGUUGAUAUACUUGAAGGCAUUGCAAAGGUUGGGACUCCUAUUUGUAUUCCUUCCAGAGAGUUCAUUGAUAUUGGUCGCAUUGCUUCGAUUGAGAACAACCAUAAACCUGUUGAUUCUGCGAAGAAGGGGCAGAAAGUAGCCAUUAAGAUUGUUGGCAGCAACUCCGAGGAGCAACAAAAAAUGUAUGGGAGGCAUUUUGAGAUUGAUGAUGAACUUGUAAGCCAUGUUUCACGGAGAUCUAUUGAUAUACUCAAAACUAAUUAUCGGGAUGAUCUUAAUAUGGAGGAAUGGAGGUUGGUUGUGAAAUUGAAGAAUCUUUUCAAGAUACAAUGAGGAGAUUUGAUGUGUAGGCACUCGAGUAUUCAUUUCAGAAAAAAAAGGUUUCAGUGAAAUGUUUGUUCUAUGCAAAACUUCGAAGGUUUGUGCGGGGAUGCGGUUGGAUCCAACAUGGUGACCAAUAAGUUGAUGAAAUGAGUCACAGAUAGAAGGCGUUGUAUGUCAUGGAGAGGCAAAGUAGCUUGCACAAGAAACUCAUUCUGUGUCAGCUGGGAAGCUCCAGGCUAGAAGGUUGAGAAAAGGGAAAUUGGCAAGGUGCAAAUUUUGUGAGUUACUACUAAUAUACAUAUCUGGUAUAACAUGGAGGCAAAUAAGGGUUCUAAAUUGCAUUUUUUUUUCAUGAGGGAAAGCAAAAUUUCACGGGAGUAAUUCUUGAUGUGACAAAAAAUUGUUCACUUUUGGUUUCCGUGGUACUUGUGUACAAAUCUUUUCCAUUUUGUAGCUUAGAGGCACGUUACUUUUCGCGAGUUGUUUAUCUGUUUGGUUUGUUUCCUUCCAAUCAUUUGGUUACGGAAACCAGCAUGAGUAAUGCAUGGCAAGGGAGCAUGAAAUAUAUUUGUAUUUGAAUGUUUUGGUAUAUUCUGCUCUCAGAGAUCCGAAACUUUUAUCUUCUAU